ACUAAUUUAACCUAAUAUGUCAUACGAUCUCGAAUAUAAUAAUACAAACACAAGAAAAGCUCCACUGAUGAAUGACAAUGUUACAAAGGGAAAAUCUUGUGAAGAAAUUAAAGAGCUUCUCCAAAAAGUAAGCGAGAACAUCUUGGGAUUAGAGAAGUACAAUAAGGUCUUGACCCAAGGAAGAGGAGCUAAGCCCAAGCAAGUCAAGGAAAACCAGAAGAUCAUGAUGGAUGUCCUAAACUACUUAUAAAAAGGGCAAAAGAUUUGGUUAAAGACUAUGACGGGCCCGAUGCACCCAUUUACCGUAGAAAACUAGCCAAUAUUAGCGAGAAAGUAGAAUCUGUUCUUAGAGAGAUCAGGUCCAAGGAGGAGAAAGGCUUAGUUGAAGCCAGAAGAUCGAUGAACAGAAUUUCUGAAGGUACUGGCAAUCAACAAGAAUUAGAGGAAGAAAAGCAAAAGCUUUUGCUUAAAAUGGAUGGAGAAGUCAAAGUUCUGGGAGAAGCUGAAUAUAUUAACGAUGUUAUUGAUGAAAGACAAGGACAGAUCGACAAGAUCGGUAAUAUUAUGAACAAUAUUCACGAAAUCGCCACUGAUUUCAAUAUUGAGGUGGAAGAGCAAGGAGAAAAACUUUCCCAAAUGGAUAAUAAUAUGGAAAAUGUAGCUUCCAAUACUAAAGAAGCUACCAAACAACUUCAAGAAGCGAACAGAAGAUCUAAAGGAAUGGGAAAAUGUAUCUUCGUCAUUGCCGCUAUUAUUCUCUGAGCACUUGGAGCCCUUAUCGGAAUCCUUUUUGGAACUGGAGCUAUUUAAUUGGACUCCAGAUCU